UCAGACAUAGUGCCAGAAUCCUCAGGUCACUUACUCUGGCCUCCAUUCGCUCCUCUCCACAGAUUCAGGAACUCAUGAUUGGUGUCUGAAGGUGUGAGACCAAAUCUAGAGGGAAGAAUUUGGAGGAACUUGAAAGAAAACACUCUUUGUUCUGUCCCUCAGGUACCUGAGCAGAAGUGUCAGAAUUACGGACAGACAGACUCAGCAUCAAAGCAACAAUGACCUCAUCAGUCCUGGGGAUGAUCAAGGAGGAGGUGACCUGUCCUAUCUGUCUGGACCUCAUGAUCGAGCCUGUGAGUGCAGAUUGUGGGCACAGCUUCUGCAGAGCCUGCAUCACACUGAACUAUGAGUCCAGCAAAAUCAAAGAAGGGGAGGGCAUCUGCCCUGUGUGCCAAGUUAGUUACCUGUUUGGGAAUCUGAGGCCUAAUUGGCAUGUGGCCAACAUAGUGGAGAGGCUAACAGGGAUAAAGACCAGCUCAGGGGAGGAGCAGAAGGUGAAUGUCUGUGCACAGCAUGGGGAGAAACUCCAGCUCUUCUGUGAGAAGGACAUGGUGGCCAUCUGCUGGCUUUGUGAGAGAUCUAAGGAGCACCGUGGUCACCAAACAGCUCUCAUUGAAGAGGUUGCCAAUAAGUACAAGGGGAGGCUACAGGCUGCUCUGGAGAUGCAGAUGGCUAAUGAGAAAAGAUGUGACCAGUGGGAAUACGACCUUCAAAAGGAGAGAACUUCCUGGGAGAACCAAAUACAGAGUGAUGUAGAAAAUGUCCAGAAGGAGUUUAAAGAACUGCAGGAAUUCCUGGACUCCAAGGAGAAGAAUGAGGUGGAGAAGCUGAUGAAAGAGAAGGAAGACACUAUGAACAGCCUGGCAGUGUCUCAAAAUGAGCUGGAGAAGCAGAGGGAUUCAGUGAGAGACCUCAUCUCAGAUCUGGAGCAUCGGUUGGAGUGCUCAACCAUAGAGUUGCUGCAGGGUGUGAAUAGUGUCCUAACAAGAAGUCAGAACUUAAGACUGAAACAGCCUAAAAUGGUCCCGAGUAAACAGAGAAAGAUCUUCCAAGCUCCAGAUCUGAAGGGCAUGCUGCAAGUGUUUCAAGGGCUCCGGGAUGCCCAGCAACACUGGGUUCACGUGACCCUGCGUCAACUCAACAAUAAAAACAUUGUCAUUAACGUGGACAAAAGACAAAUACAACAUAAAAGGGGCUAUAGAAGAAAUUUGCAAGUUUCUGAGUCCUAUGAUUUUGGUGUCCUGGGGUAUCCAGCUAUCUACUCAGGGAAACAUUACUGGGAAGUAGACGUGUCUAGAUGUGAUGCCUGGCUCCUGGGAAUAAAUGAUGGAAGAUGCGCUAAACCACAGCUUCCUUCAAUGAAUGAACAGGGCAUCAAAACCAAAUAUUAUUCUGAUGUUAACCAAGAUGUAAAUUACAAGCCUGAAUAUACCUUUGGUUAUGAAUACAAAUAUGACUUUGGUUAUAAACAAUAUGCAACUCUUCCUUUAUUUAAAAAUGAAUAUAAUUCUGAUGUUAAACAACAAGUGAAUUAUCUGCAGGGAUAUGCAUUUGACCAUGGAUACAAACAUGAUUUUGGAGACAGACAAUAUGUGAAUUAUCAACCUAAACAUGAAGAUAAAGAUGAUUCUGAUGAUAAACAGCAUGUAAAUUAUCAGCCCAAAUGUGGCUACUGGGUUAUAGGGAUGACGAACAGGUCUGUGUAUAAUGCCUUUGAAGAGUGUUCUGUCACCCACAAUGCCAGUGUCUUGCUCCUCUCUCUGACUCGUCCUCCCACUCGUGUUGGAGUUUUCCUGGACCGAGAAGCUUGCACUCUCUCAUUUUAUGAUGUUUCCAACCAUGGAGCUCUCAUCUAUAGAUUCUGUGAACCUUCUUUCCCUAAUGCAGUUUAUCCAUAUUUUAAUUCUAUGACGUGUUCAAAGCCAUUGACAGUCUGUGGGCCGCCUUCCUAACCCCUCACACAUGUCUGCACAGUGUCCCCAUGUCUGAUGUAUCUCAUAUGUCGAA